GUGAUGUUUUGCUACGAUACGAUACGAUGUGUUGAGGGUGAUGGGUGGAGUGGUAUGUAUGUACAUUAUUUCUAUUUUUUUCAUACUAGAUGUAGGUCCGUUUAUACGAUUUGGCGUUGGGAGGACUGGAAGGGGAGAAGGGAUGGAAAUAGAAAAUGUCAGUGAGCUAAAAGACGGGCGUUGCGUAGAAGAUUCGAUUUCAUCAAGCAGAGAUGGAUGCGGUAAGAUAAGGUCAGAUAAGGUAAAUGUAAGUCUAGCCUGGUAUCCUAUCCAGCAUAAGGCUUAUCAAUUCUCCACUCUGCGCCCCCGUGACGGCCACGCAUAGCCCUAAACAGCCAGCCAACUUACAGCGUAUAAUCAGUUGAAGCGGCCCUUCGUGAAGUAUAUAGCUGCUUACGCGCGGGGUGACUAAUUGAUAAAACUUAAGUUGAGUACCACAGUAUUUUUCUAGUACAUGCCUAGGUGAC